GAAUAAAUACGGAGCCAGAGCCCUCCUCACGCAAAACGUUCGUGCGCUUUCAGCCGUCGAGUCGUCUCCGCACCAACCAGCGUCCUAAAGUAAGUAUAAAAUGGCCCGUACCAAGCAGACUGCCCGUAAAUCCACUGGAGGUAAGGCGCCAAGGAAGCAGCUCGCUACCAAGGCAGCCAGGAAGAGUGCGCCAUCCACCGGUGGAGUGAAGAAGCCUCAUCGUUACAGGCCAGGAACUGUGGCUCUGCGAGAAAUCCGUCGUUACCAGAAGUCCACUGAGCUGCUCAUCCGCAAGCUGCCCUUCCAGCGUCUGGUGAGGGAGAUCGCCCAGGACUUCAAGACCGACCUGCGCUUCCAAAGUGCAGCCAUUGGUGCUCUUCAGGAGGCCAGUGAGGCUUACCUGGUGGGUCUGUUUGAGGACACCAACCUGUGCGCCAUCCAUGCCAAGAGGGUGACCAUCAUGCCCAAAGACAUCCAGCUGGCCCGCAGGAUAAGGGGCGAAAGGGCCUAAAGGGCUAGUGACAACACCAUACAAAUUACCCUAUUUAUCGUACUUAACCAUUUUUGUGGACAUUAUUUCUUGGGUAUUUUUUAUAAGUUGACUUUUGUAAUGUAUUAGAGACAAACAUCAGCCAUUCCACAAGUUUGAGUAAACAAGCUAGUUGGAAGUGUUGUGCAGUAGGAAUUUCUGUACCUAUUUCACCGUGGGUCAUCCCAUCUCUUCACCCCCACUCUAAAGUAGCCAGGGGCUGCCUGUCCCUGUGCUGAUGGCUGUUUAAGACAUUGAAGCAAAAUUCUCAUCUUCCAUGGGGUCUGUCUCCUGAUGCCAGCAUGUCCUCAUCAGGUCUCAUUGCUUUGUGUGGGCAUCAGGCUCAAGCUGUGCCCUGCAUUCAGUGACUGAGCAUGAGUGACCCCUACUGGUCUUUUCUGGACUGCUUUUUACAUGUUUCCAACACAAAAUUUUGGCAGCUACAUUUAAUACUAUUUAUGAAAUGUUGUCACAUGUCUUUCUAUUAAAGGUCUUUAUCAGUAGAAA